ACCAAUAAUAUACAGAAGCGAACUUGUUACGAGCCAUAAUUGUCCGGAAAAUAGGACCAAGGGCUAUUGAUUGUUGCCCUCGCCCUUGGAUAUAAAGACACUUGGAAUACCUCCCGUCCGCACCCCAGAUGUCCUGCUAAUCCCACUCCGCAAAAGCCCCCUUCAACAAUUUAUCCUCACAGAUCGAUUAUUCUUCCACAAUAUGUCUGGAGAUACCUACAAUAUCGUUCAAUCGCGCUAUGGGGGUAUUGCUAAAUACAGUGAUAACACCCAGCCGAGCGAAGUAGAAGAGAAUAUCGCCAGGGCAUUCGGCUACACUGCGGGGGAUCUUAGUGCGCUGCCAGAGAAGGCAAACCUCGGUUUAAGCUGUGGAAAUCCCGUUGGUUUCGCGAACUUGAAAGAGGGCGAAACGGUUCUGGAUCUUGGCAGUGGUAGCGGCAUUGAUGUCCUUCUGGCGGCUCAUAAAAUUGGCCACAAUGGACAGGCCAUCGGCAUUGACAUGACAGAAAAGAAUAUCGAAAAGGCCGGCCUGUCCAAUGCAAAGAUUAUCGAAUCCAAUGUCAACUGCAUACCGCUGCCUGACUCCAGCAUUGACUGCAUUAUCAGCAACUGUGUUAUCAACCUGGUGCCGGCGACAGACAAAGAGGCUGUUUUUAAGGAGAUCGCUCGACUCCUGAAGCCGGGUGGAAGAGUAGCAAUCAGUGAUAUCCUGGCUAGGAAACCGCUCCCGGAUACCAUUACCAAAAGCAUGGCGCUUUAUAUCGGGAGAUACAGCACAAUGGCGUAUUCCGCUACUGCUCAACCUGGGCCUACUAUCCCCUCAUUCAUUAACAAACUCCCAUCUCUCGCAAUAUCUGAGAGCGAGGAUGACGCCAAUAUUCGCCAUAAAUAUCGCCCCUUUCUUCUUCUUGACGAUGGCGCAUCUGACGACUGGGUCAAUAAGUUAGAGUUAACAACCGCCAUGGAGAUGGCAGCGCAGGAGCUGCGACAAUCAAACAACAGAUUGAAAGUGCUAGUGUUGUACGGCAGUCUCCGCCAAAGAUCUUAUUCGCGUCUCGUGGCAUUGGAAGCUAGCAGGAUUCUGUUCCGCCUAGGGUGCGAUGUCCGCGUGUUCAAUCCCGACGGUUUACCAGUCAAAAAUGAUACCGACCACGACCAUCCUAAGGUGCAGGAACUCCGAGACCUCAGUAAAUGGAGCGAUGGGCAUGUUUGGAUAUCACCUGAACAGCAUGGCAACCUGACCGCCGUAUUCAAAAAUCAGAUCGAUUGGAUCCCGUUAACCACAGGCAGCGUGCGUCCCACACAGGGCCGGACGCUUGCUAUCGCGCAAGUAUGUGGCGGGUCGCAAUCGUUCAAUGCUGUCAAUUCCCUGCGGAUUCUCGGAAGGUGGAUGCGCUUGUUUACAAUUCCCAAUCAGUCAUCUAUCCCGAAGGCAUAUACGCAUUUCCCCGCUGAAGGUCAACCGGGGGACCAGAGACUUCUCCCUAGUGGUAACCGGGACCGGCUGGUUGAUUGUAUGGAGGAGUUCGUGAAAUAUACCAUCCUCAUGCGACCUCACCUGGACCUUUUUGGUGAUCGGUUCAGCGAGCGGGAAGAGAAGCGGAUCAAGGAGAUGAAGGAACGAGCCAAACAAGUAUGA